AUGGACCAAGAUAGGGAAAAAGCGGAGGAGAGGCAGCCGCCCAUGUUAGAAGAAGGCAACCGUGUGGAACGGACCCAUCCGCCCAUGUUGGAAAAAUCCCACCGUGGGGAAGAGACCAAUCCCGGGGACACCCCCCCAACGGACGAGCGCUUCCAAUUCAACGACAACCUGUGGAAGCACGUCAGGAGGGAGCAAUCCAAAAAGGGCAUUGUUUACCUGACGGACGUACCAAUAGGGUUAACUGCAGCGCGCCUACGAGAAAUAUUCAGUCAAUACGGAUCGGUUAGCAAAAUACAUUUAAACAAAGCGAAGGAUGAAGAAGGGGAAGAAGAAAGGGAAGGUUUCCUCUCCUCUCACUUGAGGAAGAAGGAUGGACCACACUUGGAGGGAAAAAAAAAAAAAAAAAAAAAAAAAAUCGUCAAAUACCAAGAUGGCUACAUAGAAUUUGACAACAAAAAAGACGCCAUGAAAGCCGUGCGCACGCUGAACAAUCAACUGAUUGGAGGGAAGAAAAGGAAGAAUAUUGUACGAGAUUACUUUUGGCACUUAAAACUUAUAAAGGACAACUUCCUCUGGAGUGACAUCAUGUCGUCUUCUCUCUAUCGAAGGAUGUCUAGGAAAGACAAGUUCACUCUCGCAUUGAAAGACAUGUACAAAGGGUAUGAGGCGUAUGUGGAAAAGAAUGGAGGCUCCACUCAUGGGAUGCUUAGGAGUGGGGAGGGACCCACUGAAGGGAAGAGUCGCCACCCCAAGGGGAACAUUCAAAAGGGAAGCGGCAUCCAAAAGGGGGGCCGACAACGUAAGAGGAAAAACGGCCCUCGUGUGAAGAGACCAGUUUGCCCGCUCCGGUUUGUCACCGUGAAGAAGGGGGGGGAGAGCAACCAGGUGACAGAAGAGGUUCCCCUCGAAGUUUCCAACCAAGAACCCGCCUCCUUCCGUCGCAACAGCAGCGCGGUUUCUGCAGACCUGCUGAAGCUGCUCAUGUAG